CCAUUCCUUUGCAAGCAAACAAUUCUUAUGUUCUAUGUUAUAAAGAUUUCUUGCUCUUCCUUUGAUAUUAAAUUAUCCUCUUCUUUUGAAAAGAUCAUAAAAUUCAUCCCCUUUCUCUUUCACAUCAUUGCCAAAAUGCCCCCCUUCUUUAAUUUUCUGUUCAUUCUAGUCCCCCUCCUGCUUACUUUUCUACAAGCCUUUUCUAAUAUGAUCCCAUCUCAUUUGGAUGCACAAACUCUAAUUAUGCAAGCUUGCGCCGGUGUCGAAAAUCCGAAUUCAUGCUGCUCAAAAAUGCAGGCUGAGCUUGAGAGAUCAAAAUAUAGAAAUUCAACUUCAAUUCUGAGUGCUGCAUUGCAGAACUCCCUCAACGAGGCGAGGCGAGCGAUUGAUUCAAUCACAAAGUUCAAUUCUUUGUCUAUCAGCUACCGCGAACAAGUAGCAAUUGAAGAUUGCAAAGAACUUCUCGACUUCUCAGUAUCCGAGCUGGCUUGGUCAUUAGCGGAGAUGGAGAAAAUCCGAGCAGGCGAUCAUAACAUCCGGCACGAAGGUAACCUAAAAGCUUGGCUCAGUGCUGCGCUGAGUAAUCAGGAUACGUGCCUCGAAGGAUUUGAAGGUACAGACCGACAUCUCGAGAACUUCAUGAAAGGAAGCCUAAAACAAGUAACACAGCUUAUCGGUAAUGUAUUAGCUCUGUACAUUCAACUCCACAGCAUGCCUUUUAAACCAUCGCGGAAUGGUACUGCCACAAAUAUAAGUCCGGAGUUUCCAGAAUGGAUGACGGAAGGUGAUCGAGAACUUCUCAAGAUUGGCAUUCUUGGUGUGCAUGUAGAUGCUAUAGUGUCUUUAGAUGGAACUGGCCAUUACAAUACUAUUACACAGGCGCUUGAUGAUGCUCCUGAUCACAGUAAUAGAAGGUAUAUCAUAUAUGUGAAGCAGGGAAUGUACAGAGAAAAUAUUGAUAUGAAGAAGAAAAAAACAAUGAUUAUGUUAAUCGGCGAUGGAAUCGGGAAGACGAUAAUCACCGGAAAUCGUAACUUUAUGCAAGGAUGGACUACUUUCAGAACUGCUACUGUAGCGGUAUCUGGGAGAGGAUUUAUAGCAAGAGACGUGACAUUUCGUAAUACAGCCGGACCGGUGAACCAUCAAGCUGUAGCCCUGCGAGUCGACUCAGACCAAUCCGCCUUCUUCCGAUGCAGCAUGGAAGGCUACCAAGACACCCUCUACGCUCACUCUCUCCGUCAAUUUUACCGCGAAUGUGAAAUUUACGGAACCAUAGAUUACAUCUUUGGCAAUGGAGCAGCAGUGUUCCAAAAUUGCAAGAUAUACACUAGAGUUCCUUUACCUCUACAAAAGGUAACAAUCACAGCUCAAGGCAGGAAAAAUCCGCAUCAAAGUACCGGAUUUUCAAUCCAAGAUAGCUACAUUUUGGCUACAGAACCGACAUAUUUAGGCAGACCGUGGAAGGAAUUUUCCAGGACGGUAUUUAUCAACACAUACAUGAGUGGUUCGGUUCAGCCGAGAGGGUGGCUUGAGUGGUACGGUAACUUUGCCUUGGGUACGCUAUGGUACGGUGAGUAUAAGAAUUAUGGACCUGGAGCAUCUGUAUCGGGCAGGGUUAAAUGGCCGGGUUACCACAUUAUGAGGGAUGCUGCCACCGCCAGGUUCUUUACUGCCGGCCGGUUCAUCGACGGGAUGUCGUGGCUCCCGUCAACUGGUGUAAAGUUCACUGCAGGUUUAAGCAAUUUCAAUCCAUCAAUGGCUUCCAAUCUAUCAACACUAUCCGCCAUUUUUCUUGUUUCCGUGCUCUUUUUCUUCUCCGAAACUCUCGCAACCGCCCCGAACUCAACCGAUACAUUAUGCAACUCAACACCUUAUCCACAUUUCUGCAAAUCAUCCUUACCUCACAACAGAUCUGCAAAUAUUCAUGACUACGGCAGAGUUUCACUUCGUCGAACUCUGUCAUAUGCGCGAAAAUUCCGUUCAUUAAUUGCAUAUCUACUCACACAUUCUUCGCCAUUUUCGCAUUCUACUAUCGCCGCUCUUCAGGAUUGCCAGUUUCUCGCUCAGCUAAACAUCGAUUCGCUGUCGUAUACAUUGACAUCGAUUAAUUAUACAGAUAAGAUCCAAAGAUUGGAAGCUAGUGAUCUUCAAACUUUACUUAGUGCUACUCUGACGAAUCUUCAGACUUGCUUGGACGGUCUCCAGGCGUCGAAAACAGAUUCAGGAUUACUGAAUAAUUCCGUGUUAGUUCCGAUUUCCAACGGAACUAAACAAUGUAGUAUCUCUCUUGCAUUUUUCACUCACGGUUGGGUUCCACCCGCGAAGAAAGGCCGAUCGCUGAUUUCAGAGCGAAAACAUGCGUUUUCCGAGCUGAGAAACGGGGUCAAGGACGGUCUACCAUUGAAAAUGUCGAAACAAGAUCGGAAACUGUUCGAAUCGGUGAACAGGAGAAAGACUAUUCAGAUAAGAGAAGAUAGUAAUAGCGUGGUGGUGAAGCAAUUGGUGAUUGUGGACAGGAAAGGGAGCGGAAAUUUUACUUCUAUUAAUGAUGCAAUUGGGGCAGCGCCUAAUAAUACAGGUAUUGGAAACGGUUAUUUUGUGAUUUAUGUGAUGAGGGGACAGUAUCAGGAAUAUGUUUCUAUUCCGAGUAAUAAACAUAGUAUAAUGAUGAUCGGAGAGGGCACUGGUCGGACUGUUAUUACCGGUAAUCGGAGCGUUGUUGACGGAUGGACUACGUUUAAUUCAGCCACAUUUGCCGUUGUCGGACAAGGAUUUGUCGCGGUGAACAUUACGUUCCGCAACACAGCCGGACCGGAAAAGCAUCAAGCAGUAGCAGUAAGAAAUGGAGCAGACAUGUCUGCAUUUUACAGUUGCGGUUUCGAAGGGUAUCAAGACACUUUAUACACACAUUCUCUAAGACAAUUUUACAGAGACUGCGAAAUUUACGGCACAGUUGAUUACAUAUUCGGUAAUGCUGCAGUUAUUUUCCAAAACUGCAGAAUUAAUUCAAGACAGCCAUUAGAAAACCAAUUUAAUGCGAUUACCGCGCAAGCUAGAACAGACCCGAACCAAAAUACAGGCAUUAUAAUACAAAAUUGUACCAUAAAAGAAGCUAAAGAUUUGGCUACAGGUAACUUGACUAUCAAGACAUAUCUCGGCAGGCCGUGGCGCGAGUAUUCAAGAACUGUUAUUAUGCAAUCUUAUAUUGCUAGUUUAGUUGAUCCUGCCGGAUGGACUCCAUGGUCCGGCGAUUUUGCGCUUGAUACACUUUACUAUGCGGAAUUUAAUAACAGCGGUAUAGGAUCAAGAACUGGAAAUAGGGUUACGUGGCCGGGUUUUCGUGUGAUUAAUUCGACAGAUACGGCUAAUUUUACUGUUUCUAAUUUUGUACAAGGUGAUUCUUGGUUGCCUGCUGCAGGAGUACCUUAUAGUGUUCUUUAAUGUGAGGUGUGCUGUAUUUUAUUGUUC